AUGUCUGGCACAGAUACAGGAAUCUCUUUUAUGAAGAGAAUGGAUACAGAUACAAUCCAGAGUUCAAGACUCCUACGAAUCAACCCGACCGCGGGAGAAGGAAAGGGCCGAGGAGAUCUAGCCGGAACUCACCGAAUCCGGGUGAAAAUUGACAGGCCGUACUGUAUACGCGCAGCCAGCGGGGAAUUUCCCGGCGGCGACGCGGCGGAGGAUGGAGACGAGGGGGACGGCGAGAGAUUCGCACGAGUGAAGCGUGUAAGGAGUUGGCACGCGUUGAGGCACUUAUCUUCGGACGUGGAGAAGGACUUGAAUUGGAAGAAUUCGAGGAGGAUGAAAGGGGGCUUAGGUGGUGAAUACGCUCAGCAAGGAUUUUGA